AAAAGAGAGAGUGAAACGGAGAUAAAAGCAAACGGAGGUGUUAACUUAAAGACGGGAGAGAAGCGAGUGAGAGAUUCUUUCUUGUAACGGCGUUGUUUGACGAUUAUAGUGACGAAGAGAGACAAAAAAAAAGAGUUUAGUCUUCUUUGUUUGGGAGACGAAGACGAUAGAAGCUGGUUUUACGGGAGAGAAAUUAGAGAGGUUACAGUUACAGAGCAGGAAGGAUUGCGUUGCGUUACGAUUCAGAUCUCUCUCGAUCGUUACUUACAUGCAUUAGAGAACAAGAAAACGUGGAGACGGAAUCCAAGGGACCUUCUUCUUCAAUUUAAUUCCUCACUUUAUUACGCACCCUUCUUUUAUUUUCGACUGUUUCAGCUUCCGGUUCUUCAUCGGAGAGAGAUAGAGAGACUGUGUGUUUUGGUGUGACUGAUAGAAGAUUUAAUCAGCUGAUGGCAAAUCGCGGAGGUGAAUAUCUGUACGAUGAGUUAUGGAAAUUAUGCGCGGGACCUCUUGUUGAUGUUCCUCAAGCUCAAGAAAGAGUUUAUUAUUUUCCUCAAGGUCACAUGGAACAACUCGAAGCGUCAACGCAACAAGUCGACUUAAAUACGAUGAAGCCUCUUUUUGUUCUUCCUCCUAAGAUUCUCUGCAAUGUUAUGAACGUUAGUCUUCAGGCGGAGAAAGAUACGGAUGAGGUCUAUGCUCAGAUUACUUUGAUCCCUGUUGGAACUGAAGUUGAUGAACCUAUGAGUCCUGAUCCCUCUCCUCCUGAGUUGCAAAGGCCGAAAGUUCACUCUUUCAGCAAGGUUUUGACAGCGUCUGAUACAAGCACCCAUGGUGGCUUUUCUGUUCUAAGGAAACAUGCCACGGAAUGUCUUCCUCCGCUGGAUAUGACUCAGCAAACCCCGACCCAGGAGUUAGUAGCCGAAGAUGUGCACGGUUAUCAGUGGAAAUUCAAGCAUAUUUUUAGAGGCCAACCACGGAGGCAUCUAUUGACGACAGGGUGGAGCACCUUUGUUACAUCAAAGAGAUUGGUUGCUGGGGACACCUUUGUAUUCCUGAGAGGGGAGAACGGAGAGUUGCGAGUUGGAGUCAGACGUGCUAAUCUUCAACAGAGCAGUAUGCCUUCAUCCGUUAUAUCAAGUCAUAGUAUGCAUCUGGGAGUGCUUGCUACUGCACGCCAUGCUACUCAAACGAAAACUAUGUUCAUUGUAUACUAUAAACCAAGGACAAGCCAAUUCAUCAUUAGCUUGAACAAAUAUCUAGAAGCCAUGAGCAAUAAGUUCUCUGUAGGGAUGAGAUUUAAGAUGCGUUUUGAGGGAGAGGAUUCCCCUGAAAGAAGAUAUUCUGGCACGGUUAUUGGUGUGAAAGACUGCUCCCCUCACUGGAAAGACUCAAAAUGGCGAUGCUUAGAAGUUCAUUGGGAUGAGCCUGCAUCGAUUUCAAGACCCAAUAAGGUUUCACCAUGGGAAAUUGAACCGUUUGUAAAUUCAGAAAACGUUCCCAAAUCAGUUAUGCUGAAGAACAAAAGGCCCCGUCAAGUUAGUGAAGUAUCUGCACUUGAUGUAGGCAUAACAGCUUCAAACCUUUGGAGCUCUGUUUUGACGCAACCCCAUGAGUUUGCACAAUCGUGCAUCACCUCACAGUGGAGUUCUCCUCAGCAAUGUCAUCGUGAUGCAAAUGAGGAUGCUAAGAAAUCUGACUGGCUAAAUAACUCUUACUCUGUGUCAAAUGUAGCAAAAGACUCAACACUGAACGACCAAAUGGUUUCCCCAGUCGAGCAGAAGAAGCCUGAGACAACCGCUAAUUAUAGAUUAUUUGGAAUUGAUCUGAUGAGUUCCUCCCUAGCGGUUCCUGAGGAGAAAACUGCACCCAUGCGACCAAUCAACAUAUCCAAACCGACUAUGGACAGCCACUCAGACCCAAAAUCAGAGAUUUCAAAAGUAUCAGAAGAGAAAAAGCAGGAACCUGCGGAGGGAUCACCAAAAGAGGUCCAAAGCAAGCAAAGCAGUUCUACAAGAAGCCGUACCAAGGUGCAGAUGCAAGGCGUACCUGUGGGCAGGGCUGUGGAUUUAAAUGCGCUAAAGGGGUACAACGAGCUCAUAGAUGACAUUGAGAAGCUGUUUGACAUAAAAGGGGAACUGCGGAGUCGCAAUCAAUGGGAAAUAGUGUUCACAGACGAUGAGGGAGAUAUGAUGCUUGUCGGUGAUGACCCAUGGCCUGAGUUCUGCAACAUGGUGAAGAGAAUAUUCAUAUGGUCGAAAGAGGAAGUGAAGAAAAUGACGCCUGGGAACCAACUCCGGAUGCUGUUAAGGGAAGUUGAAACAACACUAACAACAACUUCCAAAACAGAUAAUCAUUCCAACUAAUUUUUAUUCUAUUCUCUAUCAGUCUUCGUCUCCUUCUUAUUUGCUUUGUCUUUCGGAAUUAUCUUGUUUGUGUCUGUGUUUUGUUGCGCAUGGCUUAAACAAGAAACUACAUCCCCUGAGGCAAAAAAAAUGGCUCGUUUUUUUGGAGCCUCUUAUGGAGAAAGGGGGUUUAUGGGGAGAGGGUUUUCUACUUUUAAAAUAGGCUUUUGGAAGUUUCUUUUUCUUCUAGGAACUUGUGUGUAAGAGAAACAAAUAUGUAACGAACAGAAAGAAAAAAAAAAAAAAAAAAAAAAAAAGAGAAUGAGAUUUGUGAAUAACUUGAUGAAGGACUUUUGGGACUCUGGGAUUAUAAGAGAUUAAAGAGGGAUUAUACCUCAUGGCUCUCGUGUUUUCUGAUUCUUUUUCGUAGUUGUGUUUUCUUUGAUUUUGUUUUUCAUCUAAGUUUUAAUGUAUAUAUAAAAUUUCAAACAUGGCUUUCUUGUAUUUGUCAAAUCCCCAAAGGUACAUAUAUUAUCAAUAUUUAAAAUGUUAAAUAAACAAAACUCUAGACCUAAAACUAUUUCAGGUUUUCCCACUAACCUUAACAAUGAUUCAAGAUUAUUGAUGUUUUGUCUGUGAGGACAUGUAUGUGG